AUGGCGAGAAGUAGAAAGAAUUCAUUGGUUCGAGAUAUUGCGUCUCAUCCGACUAUACCAGAAUCUCAGACCAUAGUGGGUUUACUGGACGAUUCGUACCUUUUUGAUAAGCUAAAAAAGCUAUCUUUGGCUGUGGAAAAUUCUGACAGUCUGCAAAGAACUGAUGUCUCAGAAGGUUGUUCAGAGGUUAAUGGUUCUGAAGCUACGACUUCUGCGGAUGUAAAAAAGACAAACAAGUAUUUGUAUUAUACUACCUAUUUGGACCAGUUAAACAUUAAGAUAGACGAGUAUAAAGUUGUUCUGGAUCAAACACGCCAGGUUAACGAUCAAUUGGAUAGUUCCAUCAAGAAAUUUCGGAAAAUCUCUCAGGAUACUGGAGCUUUCAUUGAGGAAACGAAGACGAUCUAUGAAAAGCAGUCUAAAUUAAGCAAUCUAACUGAGUCAAUCCCUAAAGCUCUCCAUUAUUUUGAAGUUUUAGACCCUAUAAUGCGUCGCUUGAACCAUGCCACUUCUCCCGCUAUUGUUAAGAAGAGCUCCUUUACGACAAUGUUGGCGACUAUCGACGAGUCUUUACGUUUUUUGGAUGAGAAUAGUGACCUCAAGGAUGCGGCAGCGUACAGAAUCAAGUUCAAGCAAUGCUUGAUCAGAGCCUGUGAAUUGAUAUCUCACUUUUUAACGAAUCUGUUGAAACAAACAAAUCAAGAAAUUUUGGAUAAAACCAAAAACAAAAAUUCGUUAACUGGGUUGCCGUCGACUACAAGAGACGCCUUCUUGUACAGUAAAUUCUAUACCAUAGCUGAUACUUUCAAAAUUCAGGUUUCGGAAAUUGUUAAGAGAAGCAACGAAAAAGCCUACAACAAGUAUCACGAUGAACUGAAUUCCAUUCUUUACGAGUGUUUCAACCACUAUUUCCAAACACGUUUAAGACUGCUAACUCCGGUCAUUUGGUCACACAUUGAUGAAAUUGUUGUUAAAGAUAAGGACCAGGGCUUGGUCAAAUUCAUUCAAGACGGUAAGGUUUAUUUUCAGCAGUUAUGCGCGGACGAAUACAAACUUUUCGUAGAAUUUUUCCCUGAAAAGGAAUGUCGUUUCAAGAUUAAUCAGUGGUUCUUACAGUUAUGUGAACCCCUUUAUGACUCCAUUAGAGUCAGGGUUUUGAAAGAGACAGAUAUUUGUACUUUGUGUGACUCAGUGACUUUGUUUGCUCCAUAUUAUGAAUUUGAAGAAGGUUCAGAAGAAUACGUGAAGCAGUUUACCGACAUUCAGUAUGAUAAACUAUUCGAACCGAUUGUCCAAAAAGUGCAGGCUAGAUUAAUUUUAAGAGUGCAAAUAUAUGUCCAACAAAAUAUUUUGAGCUAUAGGCCCACUAGGGACGUUUUCAUGAUUUCAAAUAGAAGGAGAAAAUCGAAGACCAGCUUACAAGGGGGUAACGAAGAUGCUACUACUAGUGAUGACAAUCCAGAUCCCUUGUUAGAAUCUUAUUUAUCUUCUUUCAAGAAUAGAAGCAUAUUGCCCAUAUCCCCUAAUGAUGCAGACGAUAAAAGUAUUGAUUCAGAAGAAUCUACUGAUAAAAUUUCACAGUUGCAAACAUAUUAUCCGCCCUUGUUAAAGACUUUGGCUUUAUUGUCCAAAAUUUAUGAAAUGAUCAAUUCUGUGGUAUUUGAUGAUUUAGCUCACCAUGUAGUCCACGACUGUAUUGUAUCCUUGAGAAAUGCCUAUGAUAUGGUUAUCAAAUCUUCAGCGGGAAAAUCUGAUUUUAACAACUUAGAUAUUUCAUUAGCGUACCUAAAAAAUUUGUUGAUGUUACGUGAUUCCAUACAGAACUUUAAUAUUCAAUAUACAGUUAAUGAAACUUAUCUGGAUUUUUCUGGUGUUGAGGGGUUUUUCAAAUCACUUAAAGAAAAUGGUAGAAACGUUUUGAAAAAGACAAAGUCAUCUUCAAUAUUGACCCUGGCAAGAGAGCUGGUUCCAAAAGUUGUAAACAAUAUGGUGGACGCCCGUACGGAACUCAUAUCUGAAUUGAGAAACGUCAUUAAAGAUUUUACUGAAAGCACUUCUUUGGAGCUUAUUGAUGACACUUUAGAUAUCAAUAGUGAUGAAGAUCUGUUAAGCAAAAACGUAAAAUUAAGAGAGAAUAUAAAGGCCAGAUUACCAAGAAUAUAUGAACAGAUAUUGAACUAUAUCGAUGAUCAAGAGAUUGUUACUAAUUUAUUAGACGCUGUGCAAGAGUUAAUUACACAAUCAUAUUCCAAAUAUUAUGAAACUAUAACUGAAUUGGCAGAAAAUGGAAAGUUUGCUAAGGAUCAAGUCGCAGACGUAAUGUACUUGGACGUCUUCACAGAUUUUUUUGCCAAAGAGGUGGCGGAUCUUUUAAGAAAUGGUGAUAUUGAUACCAUAACGAAAUAA